AUGGCAAAGCUUGGCUUUCUCUUGGUGUUAGCUUUGGCCUUUUGCAUGAUAGCCACAAAUGUUGCAGCAAAUGCACCUUAUGUUACAGCUUCCACACCACCAUCUCCUCCGUCAUCUGUACCUUAUGUUACAGCUUCCACACCACCAUCUCCUCCGUCAUCUGUACCUUAUGUUACGGCUUCCACACCACCGUCUCCUCCAUCAUCUGUACCUUAUGUUACGGCUUCCACACCACCAUCUCCUCCAUCAUCUGUACCUUAUGUUAACCUUACUUCACCAACAGCUCAUGUUAACGUUUCCUCACCAUCUCCACCAACUCCUUGA